AUGUCAAUCAAAUUGACCGAGGAACAAAAAGGUAGAGUUUAUAUUGAGUUUUUGACAACUCUCCAAAGAGUCAAAUAUUCUAAUCCUCAAAUUCAACAAAUACCUUCACAGGUGAACUCUAGUUCUAUUCCUUUUACCAGUUUAACUUAUCCAUAUUAUAACGCCAAUCAAACUUUACCUGAAUUUUCUGCACUAAGCUCAGCUAUAAAUCCACAUCAAAUUAAAACUGUGACUCCUGUUCUUUUGAAACUUUUUGAAAAUGGGUACAUCUGGCCCUGA